AUGAGUAUUAAAUUAAUUAAUGGUACUUCUGGUGCUUUAGAAAAACUAGCAGCAGUUUCUUAUUAUACUUUACACCUAGAAGAUACUCCAUACCCAGAAGAUAUUCCAUAUCUAGAAGAUAUUUCACGUUCUUAUCAAGAAAAUAUCCUGUUAAAUAAAGAUAAUAGUCAAAUAUUAUACUUUCCGUUAAACAAAAAUACAAGUCAAACUCCAUUCUCUUCAUUAAACAGAAAUAGAAGUCAAACUCUAUCCUCUCUAUUAAACAGAAAUAGAAGUCAAACCCUAUACUCUUAUCAAGAACAAGAAGAGAAAAAGAAUAUAGGGGUAUUAAUGAAGAAAAUCAUAAAAGAAACGAAAGUAGAGAAAGAGAUCAAAAAGAAGAAAGAAAGAUGCCAAAGAGGAUUUCAGCAUAUGGUAAAAAAUAAAGAUCAGAUGCUUAUAAAUCUACAACCUUUGAUAUCAUGGAAUAAUUGGAUUGAAGGCUUAGAAAGAGUUAUUGGCAAUUUAGGCUAUAAUUUAGAUGAAGUUUCUGAAUCAGAUAUUGAGAAAGUAUAA